UUCUCCUGAGUUGCAUCUGCCGCAGUGUCAUCUUCUGGUUACCAUAAUGGACAAGCUGCCCUCUCAGUCUGAGGCUGUGCAGGCUCUCUGGACCACAGGAAGCCAGUUCUCAGCAGAGGUUCCCAGGCUCUCUUUGUUCUCAGCCCUUUUUCUCGGUUUCCAGCAGUGCUCUGGUGAGCUCUCUCUUCCUGUUUGUUUGCCUGGAGUGAUGGAUAAUGGACAAGCUGAGGUUCCUGUCACCCUGUAUCACCACUUCUGUGUCCACUUGUGUGCCUUCAUUGCAUCCACACCCCCAUCACACUUUCCUCAGCUGGAGCGUGCUCUGCUGGAUGCAGUCCUUGGUUCUAGUAUGAUCACCUCUCUACUGGCUAUGGAUUCAUGGUGCUUCCUGGCCCGGUAUGGAACGGCUGAAUUGUGUGCUCAUCACAUCUUUGUGAUAGCCCAUUUGAUAAAGUCUUGCCCUGGCGAGUGUUACCAGCUCUCUGUCUUGGGGGUCCUGCUGAGGCGUAUGCUGUUCUUGAUGGCUCCAGACCACCAGGUGGAGUUUACCCAAAAGUUUCCUCCCAAAGAAGCAGAGAACCUGCUCCUGUGGCAGCAUAUUUCUCUCAAGGCCCUAACUCCCGAUCUUAGGAAACAAGUGGCGCACCAGCUCUGUGCGGUGGGGCUCACACAAUGCAGGCAGUGGCUGAGCGGCAGGUGCACUCUGGGAGAACUCCCACCUGUGAACGUUGCUCUCUCUGUCUUGCUGACUGUGUGCAAUUCUGCUGGCGACACUCUGGAGGCAGGACUACAGGCAGCAGCGUUGGGAGCUGCUAGUCAGCUCUGGGCUCUCCUCAAGGGCAAGCAGGUCUCAAGUCAGCCAUGCCUCCAGCAGACACUUUGCUUGCUCCUUCCACUACUGGAAUUUUUCAUCCAAACAUUAGACCCUCAACUGAUAACUCAGGUGUUUGCAAUGCAGACUUCCCUCCUUGAGUUGGAUCCCCCAGAUCAUGUUCGCUUGGCAGCACUGGAUCUUCUCUCUUCUAUGGGGAAAUUGUUUAUGCCACAAGAAAUUCAGGGGCAAGUUAUACCCAAGCUGUCACAUCUCUUUGCCUCUCUGUUGGCCGACAAGACUUGGCUGAUUUACCAACAUGCACUGGAGGCAUUCACUCAGUUUGCAGAGACAACAAAGCAUGAAGAUGUAGUGCCUCAGUGCCUUAAUUCUGAAGAAACUAAAAACAAAGUUGUUUGCUUUCUGGCCAAGGUAUCUUAUUGAAUUAUUUUACUGUUGUCUUGCUUGAUAGAAGAGGGGCUCUUGCCCACAGUAAACUGACACAAGACUGCUCUGUAAUUGGAAUCUGAUUAUUUGUUUUCUCGAGCCUUUUCAUGCCUGCUAAAGUUGGCUAGAAUGAGGAACAGUGAUGGCAAAUGCUGUGCA